CAGCAUAUUAAUAGUAGUCAAUAUUACGAAGCCACGGGAGGCAUGAGCUGAAAUGUCAAUCUCUCACAUCUGCCAAUUCAAGCAGAGAUUUAUAUAAAUCCCCUCACUUGUAACUGUUGCAGGCAAUUAUGUUCUUGUUCAUGAUAUACUCUGAGAUACCCAUCCUUAUCUGGUCCUCUAGAGAUAUAUAUGCUCCGAAUUGGUGGGUUGCACGAGUAAAUUAGAGCAAAUUUUUAUUUGUAUUCUUUUCAGGGCAGGCAUAAAUGAAUUAAACUUUCUGAGUUUUAAAUUGUACUUGAGACUGAUCUAAGUAUUAAAUGAGUCACGCUCAGCAAAAGUUUGAAUUGAAUUUCAAAUCUUAUCUAACUAAAAGAAGGUGGUCGAGCCUGGCCCGUUAUAGUUAAUGAAUUGAGCUCAAACGAUGCUUCAGUGGCCAAUAUUCAGCAGUUUGGUUUUCCUUUUCCAAUCCUAUUCUUGAUUUUGUAGGUCGAGCACAUCAUGAUCAUAAUAUUACACUCGGAUGCCUUCUAUGUGUGACGAGUAAGUAUCCGUUUUUACAGCAUUGCUGAUGUUGUGGGCUGAAGUGGAUGAGCAUUCUGAGAAAAGUUGGUGCCCGUCAAGUAUUAAAGAACGCGAUUGAGGAAAAUUGUAUAUUUUGUUGCAGAAGGGGAAUGGAUUUGAAUUUGAGCAUAUUUAGCAAGUGGGAGGAACGUCCAUAAUGAUAGUUUCCCUUGUAAAUCUCCACAUUUUAUUCCCAUUCCAUGUAUGCCCAGAAACACCAUAACUGCUCUAAUAUAACAUAAACACCAACGUUGUAACUCCCCUUGUUAAUGCCACAAUCUCUCCUAUCUUUCAAAAUUUUAAAAUUUCCAAUUCUCCCUCUCUCUCUCUCCACCACUCUCCUCCACUACACUUCAUUUUUCACACACACAACACACACUGAGAAUGAGCUCACCUUGCACAGUUCCAAGGCUUUUCCGAUGCAGAGUAAGAGACUUUGCAUCAUGUUUCUACGCUUGCCGGUUACCUUUAGAUGAAGAAUCCGACAUCCGCUGCAAACCGUCUCAAACCUUGAAUGAAAGCGCCGAUUUUAACUCUAAACGUGCUGUUCGAGGCCACAGGACGAGCAGAAAAACAUCAAUUGUCGACAGAACCUGCAGCGAAGACAGAGGAGAAUCAUCAGUCCAAAGUUCAUCGUUGACCAACAGCAGAGGCGGGAGGCUAGACGAGCCGCGUUUUGCUGAGGAAGAUUACAUAGUUUUCUGCUUUAGAGAGGACGGUGCAAUCCAUAUGAUAGGUGAAGGAAAGUCCUCAGAAGCAUAUGAUGAGAGUGAUGAACAUGAAAACACCACCAGUACUACUGCUGCUGCAGCAGAUUUAAGGCCUAUUAAUAGGAAGCUAAAUUACAGUGAACGUGUUGGGCUUUCUCGGGAUUCAAGAAAAGGAGGAAUGAUCGGUCGCGACGAUGGAGAUACUCAGAUAAGUCAGGAUGAAAUUCCCAGCUUGGAGAUUAAGGAUGAUGAGGAAGAAAGAAGCAAGGAAAUGGAGAGUGCUUGGGGUCCUGAAUCUGUUGAUGGAAUCAAAGAGAUCAACAACCCUAUUGAGCAGCAGCAAAGUGCAAGUAAAAUGGACUCCUUUGAGUCUUGUGAUUCUACUCUAUCAGAUACCAGCACAAGCUCUUUUGCCUUCCCAGUGUUGGGGAUUGAAUGGACAGGCAGCCCAGUUCAUAUGCCCAAAACGCAGAGCCAAGAGGCCCCAAGUGUGUGCCUACACUGCUGCAGAUUCUAAACACAUCAAAUAGUGUUAUUGAUUCUUUUUGUUUUAUAGCGAUGGUGUUUCUGUAGUUCUGUUUCUUUCUUCUUUCUUCUUUUCUAUAAACUAGUAAAAUAAACAUGCGCGAGUACAAUUUUAUCUUUAAAUGUUAAA